AGGAGUCUAGGUAGGCAUAUUUUAGGUCAGCCAAAUCCUCUGAAGGGGCCUUCGGCGUGCGGAAGGUUUUGUAGUCCAUUGCUGAACCAGGCAGAGCCGGGAGUUUGACAGCGAGCAGUGCCGCUGGACUAGGAAAACACAACAACGAUUAAAAAUGGCUUCGAUGCUACGGAACUCGAUGCGGUGCUCUCCAAUCAGUCCUGCCUGGGCUGUGCAGUGUGCAACACGCUCACUGGGUACUACAGCUCAGCUCCAGGCUCAGGUUCAGACCAAGAGCAAGAAGUCCCUGUCCCGGCCGGGGGUGAAGAACAUCGUGUUGGUGGAAGGCGUCCGAACUCCCUUCCUGCUCUCUGGAACCACAUACAGUGACAUGAUGCCCCAUGAUCUGGCCAGGGCAUCACUGCAGGGUCUGCUGAACAAGACGGCUCUGCCUAAAGACGCUGUUGACUACAUCAUCUAUGGCACAGUCAUUCAGGAGGUCAAGACCAGCAACAUCGCCAGAGAGGCGGCGCUGGGAGCGGGCUUCUCGGACAAGACCCCGUCCCACACCGUCACCAUGGCCUGCAUCUCCUCCAACCAGGCCAUGACCACCGGCGUGGGUCUGAUCGCGUCGGGCCAGUGUGACACCAUUGUGGCUGGGGGCGUGGAGUUCAUGUCGGACGUCCCCAUCCGCCACAGUCGCAAGAUGCGCAAGACCAUGCUGUCCCUGAACAAGGCCAAGACGUUGGGCCAGAGGCUGAGCCUGAUCGGGGGCAUCCGCAUGGCCCACCUCGCCCCAGAGCUUCCCGCGGUGGCAGAGUUCUCCACGGCGGAGACCAUGGGCCACAGCGCCGACCGCCUGGCCGCCGCCUUCGGCGUGACGCGUCUGGAGCAGGACGAGUUCGCGCUGCGCUCCCACACCCUGGCCAAGAAGGCCCAGGACGCGGGCCUGCUGGAGGACGUCAUCUCCUUCAAAGUGCCAGGCCGCGACAUCGUGUCAAAGGACAACGGCAUCCGACCCUCGUCCAUGGAGCAGUUGGCCAAGCUGAAGGCGGCCUUCGUCAAGCCCCACGGCACGGUCACCGCCGCCAACUCCUCCUUCCUGACUGACGGGGCAUCGGCUGUGCUCAUCAUGUCUGAGGAGAAGGCCCUGGCCAUGGGCUACAAGCCUAAAGCCUACCUCAGAGACUUUGUGUACGUGUCCCAGGACCCUAAGGACCAGCUCCUGUUGGGGCCAGCGUACGGUACCCCCAAAGUCCUGCAGCGUGCCGGCCUCACCAUGGCCGACAUUGACGUCUUUGAGUUCCACGAGGCCUUCGCAGGCCAGAUCAUGGCUAACCUGAAAGCGAUGGACUCGGACUGGUUCGCACAGACGUACAUGGGCAGGACAUCAAAGGUGGGCGCCCCCCCCAUGGAGAAGUUCAACCUAUGGGGCGGCUCCCUGUCCCUGGGCCACCCGUUCGGCGCCACCGGCUGCAGGCUGGUCACCACAGUCGCGCACCGUCUGCGCAAGGAGGGAGGCCAGUACGGGCUGGUUGCAGCGUGCGCUGCCGGAGGACAGGGCCACGCCAUGGUGAUCGAGGCCUAUCCCCAGUAAAGAACACAGAACAUAUCUGUAACCACCCGUGAUCUCUCCGGCUCCUGACACGACUGAUGCGUACCACAUUACCAUGCAAACAGCGGACUGUAAAUACCAAUAUGCCUUUGACGAGGAGUGGGUUUGUGUGAGUGUGAGUGUGUGGGUAUAGGUUUGGAGGUGGACACUCGUGUGUGUAUGUGUACUAGAGAUUUUCGAGAAUGUAACCUUGCCUAGCGUCCGUUAAUUUAUCGGCAAGGCUUUCCAGGUGAUGUUGCCUUUUUCGUUCAGACUUAGAGGAAUCUUGGGGCACAAGUCGCAGUGUAACAAACAUAGCAGUAUAAUGUUAGCCAGUGCCACUGGGCUAGCGUGUAGCCCCCUAAGCGCCAGCGUAGUGUAUCCACCAGGAGAGGCCUCACACCCCACCAAUAAAACAGGAAGGUCCACCAGAAGGCUUCUAAUGAUGUUUAUACACGCUGUAAUAUUUGUUUUUCUUACAAAACCGUUGGAAAUUAAAUGAUCUGAUGCUAA